UGCGUUUGUCUGUUAGUUAAUGGUGUUACUCAGAAACUACUUGACCGACUACCACGGAACUUAGUGGAAUGAUGCAUUAUGGGUCAGGGAAGAACUCAAUAUAUUUUGGUGCAGAUUCAGAUCAGGGGGCAGAUGCAGGCUUAUAUUUUUUCACUUCCUUUAACAUGGGGAGAUUAGGUGUUUUUCAACAUCUUCAUUGAUUUCGUGAUACAGUUAUGGAAUAAUUCAUGGAUCUUGAUGGGGGAAAAAAAACAGGCACGUUUCGGAGACUGAUAUUUUAUGAGUGUGGGCAAUUUGGUGCAGCUCCAAAUAAAAACCUGGAUCCAGUGAAUUUAAAUGUGGUGUCAUUAUGCGCUCUACUGAGUGCCACUCCAGUUUUGAAGUGGGGAAUGAAAAUUAGUUUCAGUUGAAAAUAAUAUUUCACUUAUCCAUUAUUUGUGUAUAGUCACAUAGUUUUAUUUUUAUAAAGAAGUGAAAUCCUUAAAAACAUUUUCUGAUCCAAGUAGACAUUUAAAAAUUCAGAAUUAAACCCGUCAAUGACACAUUAAAGUUCACGACACCCUGAUCCUGCUGUCGUCAUAGUUACACUGGAUGUAAACAUGUUGUAUACGUGUUGCCCUCAAAUAGAGAGUUGACUCUGCAGCCCUCCCUCUCCCUCUCCCUCUCUCUCUCCCUCCCUCUCUCUUUCUCUCUCUCUCAGCAGGGACGCAAGCUGAAAAGCCUCAGGCUGCUUCCUCAUGACAUCACAUGGUUGCAGAAUGACUCACAUUCAUCUCUGAAGCAAAGACUUCCUAAACUCAGAGAGCGGCCGCUGCUCUGGUGAUCACCGAGAGCGCAGGGAACAAAAAAGGCUUUUCACUUUCAUUUGGGAAAAGGGAUCUCAUCAUCUGUCUCUGUCGUCAUGGCGACCGUGAUAGCCCCAGAGCACAGGAUGCAGGGCCAGUGAGGAGGCCGGACGUCUGAUUGCAGAAGUACAUGCUCCUCAAGUGCCCUUAGAAAGAGAGAAUAACAGAGAGGCAAUGGAGGAGGAGUGCAGGGUGAACGGCUUCAGACUGAGCCCAGGCAGGAGGAGCUCGGACUGGGGUCGCAUCACCCUCCUGGACAAGACCAAGGAGUUCUUCCAGACCUGCGACGUGGAGGGCAAAGGCUUCAUCACCCGCACCGACAUGAGGAGGCUCCACAGGGAGCUGCCGCUGUCUGCGGCCGAGCUGGAGGACGUGUUCGACUCCCUGGACACAGAGCGAACAGGUUACCUCACGCUGGAGGUCUUCUCCUCAGGAUUCAGUCAGUUCCUGCACGGCCGAAGGAUCUCCAUCGCCGACGACCACAGCAAUCGGGCCCCCAGCCCCACGUGCAGAGCCAAGGAGGCUCUCUAUCAGAGCCAGUGGGAGGCCAAGCUGUCGGGAGGCGAGGACGAGGAGGAGAGUCACUUCUCCAUGCUGCUGGAGAGCCUGGGAGCCAGUCACGUGUUUGAGGAUCCAGGUGAGGUGCGCAGUCUCUGGGCGGAGCUCCGGCGAGACGAGCCUCACCUCCUGUCCAACUUCGAGGAGUUCCUGGCCAGGGUCACCCACCAAAUAAAAGAGGCCCACCAGGACAAACAAGAGAUGGAGAGCGCCCUCCAGAGGAAGGCCGCAACACACGACAGCGAGAUCCGCCAUUUGUACGAGGAGAUGGAGGCGCAGAUCAAGAAUGAGAAAGACAGGCUGGUGCUGAAGGACUCUGAGCAUCUUCAGUUGCGCAGCCAUGACCUGGAGCACCAACUGGUUUCAAAGGAGAAGGAGCUGGAGCAGAUUUUCCAGAAACAGAAGCGGUUGGAGCUCCAGUGCUGCGAGCUGAGCAGCGAGAAGCAGGAGAGCCACGUGGAGAACGUCAAGCUGAAGAUGACCAACGACGAGCUGCUGCGGGCGCUGGAGAGCACCAGCCAGGAGCUGGGGCUGGCCCAGGAGCAGCUGACCAUGCUGCAGGAGCAGGCCGCCCGGCUGCACCAGGACAAGGAGAUGGAAAUGUACAGAGUAACCGAGGGCCUGCAGAGAGAAAAGCAAAGUCUCAUGAAGCAGCUUGACCUCCUCAGAGAGAUGAACAAACAUUUGAAGGACGAGCGAGACAUUUGCUGCGGUGUACCUCGAACGUCGCUCAGAAAGAAGCAGAAGCAGAGAGCGGGCCUCGGCAGCAUGUUCGACGACACCAGCCAGCCGGUGAAAAGAGCCCCUCUCUUGGUGGACGGGUCCUUCCAGUAUCUGGAGGCCUUGCCCAGAGAGCACCUUCAAAUCGUGUUUGUUGCUUCCUCCUCCUGUAGUGAGGAAGAUACCCCCAAUACCCCCACAACCAAUAGCUUCUCCUCCUCCUCCUCCAUCGCCCCGGUCAGCGCCCCUGCGUGUCAGCAGCGCCCGGCAGCCAAGAAGAACUCCAGUUUAUCCAACGGCUGCGCCAACUCCGCUCCUCCCAAAGUGCACGAUGUGAAGACGAAAGCCAAAAGGUGGCCCAGCAAGGUGGCUCCAGUGAAGAGGGUGACGAGGAAAGACAGAGAACGAGGGAGGCGAGUGGAGGUCGAGAAGAAGCCGGGGGUAGAGGAGGAGGCGCUGGACUCCCCAAUAGACGGGUGGCCCCUCCGUCGAGUCAUCUCCAUCGAGGAGGAUCACCUACCCCACCUGCUCCAGGGCGGGCCCCAGCUCUUACUGCACCAGCUCAGUGAGGAGGAGGAUGAGGAGGACGACGAUGAGGAGGAAGAUGCAGCGUCAGCACAGAGCGACAUUGAGCCUACUGUUGUCAUGGCAGCAGACGUCCCCGCCGCCCCGACCUCCAGUCGUGUUCCGGUACCGGCGGAAGCUCCGUUGGCGAGGAAAUCCCGCCUUGGCCUGGCAAAAAAGACGCCCAUGUCUCCGAGAGGACAGCCUGUAGGGAAAGAGACGCAACAAAAGACCAGAGAAGUGGAACUCUUCGCCCCGGACCGCCUCUUCAAAGUCGUCCUGGUCGGCAACUCCAGCGUGGGCAAGACGUCGCUGCUGCGCUCCUUCUGUGAGGGUCGCUUCCACCCGGCCACCACUGCUACUGUGGGUAUUGACUACAGUGUGAAGACACUAACCCUGGACAACAUGCAGGUUGCCAUGCAGCUCUGGGACACAGCGGGUCAAGAGAGGUACCGCAGCAUAACCAAGCAGUUCUUCCGCAAAGCCGACGGCGUGGUGGUGAUGUACGACGUCACGGUGCAGGAGAGCUUCUCGGCCGUGCGACCCUGGCUCAUCAACGUCCAGGAAGCUGCAGGAGAAGGGGUCCCUGUCCUCCUUAUCGGCAAUAAAAUGGACAUGGAUGGAAAGAGGGAGGUGUCAUUUAAAGAAGCCGAGCAACUGGCUUAUGAGAACAAGGUGAUGUUCUUCGAGGUCAGUGCCUACACAGGCAAGAACGUGACCGAGUCCCUGACGCACCUGGCCAGAGUGUUAAUGGAGCAGGAGGACCGGGUGAGAGACACGACAGUCAGCCUCAGUACUCAGCCCGUGAAGAAGAAACUCUGCUGCAAGUGAAGACUCAUGCACCGACACAAAGAAAACAGCUAAAACUUUGGAAGAAAUCGUUUUCUGAUCCCUUCCGAACCUGCAUUAUUAGAAGAUAUCGGUGAAAUCAGUUUUCUACUUGUGUAAAGGACCUUGACAUAGAUCGCCGCCAUUUUGGCUCAGAGAUUUAGUGACGAUGGACGGAAAAAAAACUGCUGUCGAGCUUAAAUGGUGAAGAUGAGUGCAGUGAUCUGCAGUGAAACUAAGGUGCUGCACUAUUUCAUGUAAAUAACGCUUUGAUGCCAUGUUACAGUUGUGCUGUCAACAAGAUUUAAAAUACAAAUAUUUUCUGUAAAAUAAUUACUUUCAAUAACCUUCACCGAGGAGAAAAAUCCUAAAUAUACUUUAGGCUUUUUAUAACUGAAUUUUAGCUUUAAAGUCUCAGGCCCUGUUGACACUACUGGAAAUAUAUAUAUAUAUUUUUAAUUAAUAUUUUCACUCCGUUUAAAAAACAAAAUAAAAGAAUUCUCCGUCCACACGAUCUUCGUUUUGCAAAAUAUCUCCGUCCAGAUGAAGAAACAAAAACGACUACUAAUGCUCAAACAAGCAUGCCGGGCCAGUAGGUGGCGAUAUAGUCUACAUCAACAAAUGUCAAAUACCAGAGGAGAACAUUGUGAGCAUGCUCAGCGAGUUUCUUCUCUUGUCAACCUUUCUCUUGUAUAUAGUUUGUAAAAAAAAAAAAAUGUAAGUGACUUCAAUCGUUUCCUUCUGAACAAGAGGCCUAAACAUUUAUUUUGCAAAAUAUCAGCGUUAGUUUGCACAUUAUUCAAAAUUCAUUGAAAUGGUUUUAAAUCAAAAUGAAAUCAAUAGAAAGAGAAAAUAUUUGCCUUUGAUUCUUUGUCAUUUUAUUCAUCACGUUCUUUCCGACACAAAGUGGUUCACGACGUGCUGCAUCUGUGUGUUGGUUCCUGCCCGGAGACGUUGUUCUGUUUUAUUCUGGCACCAAAGUACAGUUGUUCUGAAUCAUUGUCCUCAAUGAAAAUAAAUAAAUGAAUUACAGUUCAUCUUCCUGAAGUCAAUAAAGCAACAGCAACAAAAAAUCAAAUGCGAAUAAAUAAUGAAACAACAAAAAAAAAAUCACUGUUCCUUCAAUACAAUUACACACAAAAAUCAUCAGUCUUGACAAUAACUUAAGUAAAAACAGGUAAUGACUGUGCUCUUACCCUUUCAACAUCACACAGAUCAAUACUUUUCAAUUAGCUGCACUAACAAUAUAAAGACUCUUAAAUGCUUUUUUAAAUUUUAUAAUCCAAAAAAUUAAAAGUCGAGAAAAAAAUACUCAAGUUAUUUUCAGAGGUUACAUUCAACGAUGUGCCCGGGUCGAUCGAGUUGGUUCACGUGAUGGAACUAUUGCUGAUAAGAAGACUUGCCUAUUCUGGUGACAUCGCUUAGUUGCUGGCAUAGUGGCAUCCAAUCAGAUUUGUCCGGGGUCACCCUCGUUAGCCAGCUGAGAUUCGUGUCUGGGAGCCUGAGCCCUUCCCCCCCCCCUCUCCAGAUGUGUCCAGAGGGGCCGCGGGAACGUCCACGCCAGAGCGCCGCCACCGCUGCUGUCGUCGUGUUGUUCCUAGCGCAUUUUAUAGUCGUGGGAGAGGGCGGCCUCGCAGAGCUGUCCUUUAAAGUCCAGCUCGAGGGUGAACUCCAGGUCACGCUGCCAAAGAUAAAAUGUCCACGUAAAUAAAACCUUCACAAACAACAACAGGUAUUUAAAUCCAGUGGUGCAAAGUAACUGUAAUACCCUGUACUUAAGUAUGAAUAAAAUAUAUAUUUUACUUGUA